AUGUCUUCACAAUCGUCGUUUUCGAGUGCCUCCCCAGAAUCAGAGACCGAGUCUCAGGCCUCCUCCACAGGCUCCCCACCGGCGAUCCUCCCUGACCGGAGCAGAUGCUGCAAACCCAAGGCCAAACCGGGCUUCUUAUGGAUCGACUCCCAAGCCGACAAGCAUGACUCCUCCGUCGGCAAGCAGAAACAAGCCUUCCUCCAGCGAAACUACCAGCAAAGGAAGAAACAAGCCUCGAUCGCCCGGCUGAAGGCGUCCAAAGUCGUGUCCAAACCGACCAACGCUCCCGCAACAGACCCCAGGGAUGAGGAGAACCGACAGGGUGCCUACAAGCAGAUGGCCAGCAUGUCGGAGAUGUGGUCUCUGAAGGCGUAUCUGAGCCAAGGAUUCGUAGACCCCUUUUCCUCGUCUGCGGUCCAGAUGACGGAUUCCAUGAAUCUCUACUUCCAACACUUCCGUAUCCACACCAUCGCCUCAUGCUAUCCCCUCGAUUCCGCCCGUAUGAGCAUCUGGUGGUGGCAGCGGGCCAUCAACCAGCCCGCCCUGCUCCAGGCCCUCCUCUUCCUGACAGCAGGCCACCAGGCCACCCUCGAGUCGAACAGCGGCGUGUCCGAGCAGGCGAUCCAGAAAUCGACAAAAGACUCCCUUCGCUUGCGGGGAAACACUCUCAAGGCCCUGAAUAACAUCCUGCAGGACCCGAUCAAAGCCGUAGCCGAGUCCACCACGUUGAUUGUGGGAUCUCUGGUCGCCAUCGAGGCCGUGGACGCCAAUUUCGAAGCCUUGGAAGCACACAUGAAGGGUCUCAAACGACUCAUCGGUUUGCUGGGCGGUCUCGAUGGCUUGGACCAUAUGACCCUCUCCAAGAUCUACCAGGCCGAUGUCAAAUCUGCCGCCCUGAAAAACAGCCGUCCUACCUUCCCCAUGUCCGCCCGCUGGCGCAGCGAGAUCCUCCAAGAAUCCACCCUCUUCCGCUCCAAAGACCACGCCUCUACCCCCAAAAGCCUCUCGGCCCUCGGCACCAACUUUUUCAAAGCUUCCUGGUACCCAGGCCUUCACACCAGCAUGAAGACCUUCAUCCAGGUCCUCCGCCGGCUCAUCAUCUACUUCGAGAUGGCGCAGGUGGAACCCUCCAUCGUCAUGCCCACGGACAAUGACCUCUUCCUCGUCUUCGAGCACCAGCUGCUCUCCACCGAGUACACAGAGACUGACCCCCUGCACGAGCCCCUGCGCCACUCCCUGCUGAUCUACCAGAACCUGCGCAUCUGGCACUUCCAGAGUUUCCCCUUCAUGGAGUUCAUGGUCGAGGCGCUGCGUCGUAGUCUGGUCCCGCAGUUUGGGCGGUUCCGCGAUGAGGCGCCCGAGCUUCUGCUCUGGGUGCUUUUCAUCGGCGGUAUGGCCUCCCAGGGAUACAAGUGUCAUCCCUGGUUCGUCGCCCGUCUCACGGACAUGGCGCGGAGGCUGGCGGUAGAGGGGUGGGAGAAGGCGCGCGUCCUCGUCGGGGGGUUCUUCUACACUGAUCAGCCCGGGGAAAGAGGGGCAGAGGAUCUUUGGAAUGAGGUUCUGUUGAUGGAGAGCUAUCCUUACAUCGCUCCCAAACGGACGUUUCAGGUCCUCACGCUCUAA